GAUACCCUCGUGUCAUGAACCCUCUCGUGAACCUGAAGAUGCUGCUCGACAACACGUCCUCCUCGUUAAAUCGCGUUAGACUUUUCAUGCGUUACAUCGUAUAUUAAUAAAUGCAUCAAAGCCUGUUCUUCCGUCGUCGUUUAUUUAAUUUAAACUUCUGUUUACGGCUUUAAACGGGAGCUUCAAAGGACAAAAGCCAAAACAGCCAAUGAGCGAGCGGUUUGUUACGGUGUCAGAUAUUUAUGGAGGCCGGGGAGGGUGGGGCGUUACAGAUACUCAGGAAAUUAUUAUUCCUCCGUUUAUUUUUUCACAUUACGUGUGUCCGCUGAAGUGUACCGGGCUUUAAACGCGUCUCGUGUCUCUAAGGAUUGACUCAUGGUCACCCAACAGACUCAGUAAUGAAGAAAAAGCCUAAUAAUCCUGUGCGUCCCAAACGCAGCAGGCAGGUCAGUGCCAGCAAUGAAUGUGCCACAGAGCCGGGUGCUGUGCUUGGCUCCACUGCCCCAGCAAACUCUGAAACUGUCCCAGAAUCAACCUCACAGAUCAGGCACCUGACUAUGCCGCAGCAAAGCCACAACCUCCUCAAGUUCUUGAAUGAGGACCGGACCCGACAGAGGUUCUGUGAUGUGUCUGUGUCUGUGGGUGGGAAACUCUACAGUGCCCACAAGGUGGUGUUGGCCCAUGGGAGCAGCUACUUCCACGCUGAGCUGUCUAAGAACCCUGCUACAGCGCAUGUGACUCUGGACCAUGUGGAGGACUCUGUGUUCCAGCAGCUGCUUGGCUUUUUGUACACCUCUGAGUGUGUUGUCACAGAGACGGACCUCCCCGCUCUAACUGAAGCGGCUCGAUUUCUUGACAUGAUGGAUAUACUAAAGCUGCUCUGUAAAGAAGGGGACAACAACCCAGUACGAGUGAUCCAGGCACAGGAUGAGGUAAGAGGGUCUCCUGAAGUUGAAAUAACUUCAGGUGACUCGCCAGACGGUGACACAGACACCCAGAGCCCGUGUGAUGCUCAGUGUACCAUGAGCAGCCGCCCGUUUGGCACUGAAGACCUGCACAACCUCGUGGCUGAGAGUCAAACUGAGGCACAGCAGGAAACCUCGACGGAGAAAGAGAAGACGGCAGCUCAGAGGACGGCUACCACGCGGAGAUCAGCUCGGAGGAGGAGAACACCCACCAAGUAUCUGAGAGACAACGUGGAGUACACUAUCGACACUCCCGAGGAAAAACAAAGCAGCGUGUCACCAAGAGAGCAAGAUGAAGUAAGAACGGAAGAAGCAGGAAAAGUGGUUGUGGAAAACCAAGCGCCCAAACUGGACCUGAACGAGACAUCUAAAGCAUCUCAGGGGGAAGAUGUCGCAGACGAGGAGGAGGAGGAGGGAGACAUGAAUGAGGACGUGGAUCUCCAGAGGAAAGUUGUUGAGGUUUGCGCAGCAGACAAGAGCGCAGGUCAGCAGGGUUUAGAUGUAGAGAGAACAGAGCGCCAGGCUGAUGGAGAGGUUGAAGUCAGUGUGCCAGCAGCGGGAAGCUCUACCCAGAGUCCAGUGUACCCUGAAGGUCUGGCUCCAGUCAUCAUCCAAAUUUCCAGCAAGAAGACUCUCAAGUGCCCCAAAUGUAACAAGACCUUUGACCGCGCAGGGAAGUAUGAGAGUCACACCAGAGUUCACACCGGAGAGAAACCAUUCCAGUGUGACAUCUGCCUUCAGCGCUACUCCACCAAGUCUAACCUGACCGUACACAAGAAGAAGCACGCCAGCAACGCUCCCUUCCAGAAGAAGGAGCACAAAUGCCCCUUCUGUAACAAACUCCAUGCCAGCAAGAAAACCCUGGCCAAGCAUGUGAGGAGGCUUCAUCCAGACCACAUCCAAGAGUUUCUUACCAAGAGGAAGAGGAAGAGUGAAGGCUGGAAAUGUGCUAUUUGUCUGAAGACUUUCAGCCGCAGGCCUCAUCUGCAGGAGCACAUGAUCCUGCACACCCAGGAGCGGCCCUUUAAAUGCUCCUUCUGUGACGAAUACUUCAAGUCCAGGUUUGCCAGGCUGAAGCACCAAGAAAAAAAUCACUUAGGUCCUUUUCCAUGUGAGAUUUGUGGCCGACAGUUUAAUGACACAGGCAACAGGAAGAGGCACAUUGAGUGCACACACGGAGGCAAAAGAAAGUGGACCUGCUUCGUUUGUGGGAAAUCUGUAAGAGAAAGGACCACUUUGAGGGAGCACCUGAGGAUCCACAGUGGGGAGAAGCCUCACCUCUGUAGUAUCUGUGGCCAAAGUUUCCGUCAUGGCAGCUCCUACAGGCUCCACCUCAGAGUCCACCAUGACGACAAGCGCUACGAGUGUGACGAAUGUGGGAAAACCUUCAUACGCCAUGAUCACCUGACCAAACAUCAGAAAAUACACUCUGGUGAGAAAGCACACCAAUGUGAAGAAUGUGGGAAGUGCUUCAGGCGCCAUGAUCACCUGACGGUCCACUACAAAAGCAUUCAUUUGGGAGAGAAAGUGUGGCAGAAAUACAAAACGGCUUUGCAUCAGUGUGAGGUUUGCAAGAAAGAAUUUAAAGGAAAGUCCAGUCUGGAAAUGCACUUCAGGACCCACUCGGGUGAGAAACCCCACAGAUGUCCCGAGUGCAACCAGACAUUUCGGAUCAAGAAGACCUUGACAAAGCACAUGGUGAUUCACUCAGACGCUCGUCCUUUUAACUGCCCCCACUGCAGCGCCACUUUUAAACGAAAAGACAAGCUGAAGUACCACGUCGACCACGUGCACAGCAACCGCUUUACUGAGCAGCCCCUCGGCACACUCAGCGAGGUCAAAAUAGUCACCAUUCCUUUUGAGGAGCCCUCUAAGGUAUACCGCGCUGAACCCAAGUCAAACCUCCAGAGCACCCCUCCUCCUACAAACGUCUGCGUGCCCGUCACUUUAGUUCCUGUCCAGAUGGCAGCAGGAGCACAGGGUAACCUCAGCACUCACAGAGCCUCAUCCAUCUCCUCCCAAACUCACAGUGUGGUGAGCAUGCAGACUCAAGGACAGCAGCAGAACUCUGGCUAUCAAGCUGCCACAGAACUGGCGUUCUUAGAAAAGUACACCCUCACUCCCCAGCCUGCCAACAUCGUCCACCCAGUGAGGCCCGAUCAGAUGCUGGACCCCAGAGAGCAGUCGUACCUGGGGACGCUGCUGGGACUGGAUUCAGCUUCCUCUGUGCAGAACAUCUCCAACUCUGAACACGCACACUGAUGCUCCAACAAAACUCAGCCCUCAAGGCACAGUCCAACAAACUUUAACACUCAUUUAAUGACAAGAACAGAAGCUCCAGUAUUCACCACUAAAAUGUGUUCACACUUUAAGAAAGAGGGCGACUAUGUUCUCCCUGUAAAAUAAUGAAAUAUAAUACAAAAACUACACAACAGCUCUAGAGUUAUUAAGCUCUGUUACGGCACAGGAUGUUCAGACAGGAAACUCUGACACCACACAAAUAAAUGCAUUUGUGUGACAUGUUAAAAAAGAGAGAAACACUGGAUUUAAACAGUUUUUUCUGUUGUCAUGACUUUUACCUUAACUCCAAAAAAACACAGAGGUAAAACUGAAAAAGACAGGUGGGCUGUUGCUUUUUUUUCAGUGUAUGAAAUGAAUAAGUGUAUUUUCCACAAAUGGAUGUUGGAUGAUUUUAUACAGUGUGUUAGACUCCAUCUUUUAAACAUUACUUCACCACUUGUCAGCAGGUUCCUGUCAACAUGAGUCUCUGGUUCUUACUGAAUGGUUUGAUUUUUGAGUUGCACAGAGUAACUUGCUUUAAUUGUAUUGUAUUAUAUUGUAUAGAGACGGAGCGGUUUGUUUUUUAAGGGGUCAGAUAAGUUGCAGAAAAGUGACUGACGACAAUUUUGAUGAAUGAAUCACUGAAAUCAUU